AUGACGGCGGCGGGCCCGACGACAGAAUUGGGGCCCACGGCAGCCGCCUCCACGACCGCUCCGCACGAGAUGGUGGCGGCCGCACCGACGCGCGACGGCGCAUGGAUGACGGCGCGGUCCUGCACGGCAGCGCGUUCGCCAAUGGUCACGGGGCCCGUGUCGCCGCGGAUGACGGCGCCGUACCAGACCGAGGAGGAGGCGUGCAGCUCGACGUUGCCGAUGACGCUAGCCGACGGUGCCAGGAAGACGUCCGAGGAGAUGAUGGGCUUCGAAUCGCGCAGAUUCAUGACUUGGCGGUGGCGCGAGACUGGAGAGGUGGGGGCGGUUAGAUGGGCGCGGGUUUCAUGGUGGGAUGGUGCGGUAGGAGAUUGGGUGACUUACGUUGCUCGAUGA